CCAUCUUGGUCCGGUCAUCGUGCUCCUGGUUGAGCAGCAGAAGGAGCAACAUGCCAGAGCAUUGUGCAGCAUAUUCGUGUUCGAAUCGGCGGACCGCCACAGACAGGGCACGGGGGAUUACUUUUCACAAGUUUCCUAAAGACAAAUAUGUAAGGAAGAAGUGGGAAGUGGCUUUGAGGAGGGAAGGAUUCACUGCAAGUAAUUCCUCAGUGCUUUGCUGUGAACAUUUUAAGCAGGGCGAUUUUGAUAGGACGGGUCAGACUGUCCGACUCAGAGAAGGUGUUAUUCCAUCCAUCUUCAGCUUCCCGGUUGACCUCCAAAGACCAGAAGAGGGCAGGACUACAUCUACCUCCAGAAGUGCUGAAGAGAGCCUGUCCGUGGCCUCUCAGGAUGACCCAGAAACUGGAACUUCACACCCACAACCUCAGCCUAAUGAUGAUCAUGACUAUGCUUUGCCUGCUUCUCCUACUGCUCUUAAGACCAGACUCAUUGAAGCCCUAGCAAGAGUGGAAAGUCUGGAACGAGAGAAGAAGAACGCCAUGGCCAGAGAAAAGAGGGCAAAGACCAUAGUAGAGAGUCUUUUGGGGGAUUUGAAGGAAAAGAGCCUCAUUAAUGAAGAGCUCAAAGAGAGGCUUGAAUUCUACUCAGAUCUUCAGAUAGACUUCAUGGCAAACCGGGGCCAUGAGUAUACAAAAGAGUACAAGGAGUUUGCGCUCACACUACAUCUACAUGGUCCAAAGGCAUACAACUACCUCAGAGACGCUAAACAUUUUCCCCUCCCUCAUCCACAUACAUUACAAAGGUGGAUGCGUUCGGUGGAUGACAAGUCUGGCCUGAACAAGACGAUGCUGGAUACGCUAGAGAGAAGAUGCCAGGAGGACCCGGCUAAAUAUGAAUGUGCUGCACUCACAUUGGAUGCCACGGCCAUCAGAAAACAAGUGCAACAUAAUUCAAAAACCCAGUCAAUGUCUGGAUUUGUAAACAUGGGUGAUGGAAGGAGUGAGACUGAUGUUGCAACUGAGGCCAUAGGUGGUAGUCUUCCGUUUUAUGAAGGCUUUCCGUAA